GAUUCAGAGCAGCAGCAGCAUGGACACAGACGACUGAGACGCUCAGAGACACAACAAUGUUGCUGCUGCAGCAGGGACGCCAUCAGACGUCCCGUUUUAUUUCUUUUUUUCUCUUUUCAUUUUUAACUUAGCUGUUAAGACAAUGCCAAAAUGUGGGUCUUUUUGAGUUUGUGUUUGGCCUUUAUCGGGGGACUUUCAGUCCCGUCCAGCGCCUGUCCUGCACAGUGUAGCUGUUUCUUCCACAAACUCAGUGAUGGAACCAAAGCCCGGAGCGUCCUGUGCAGUGAUCCUGAGCUCAGCUCCAUCCCCACUGACUUCCCCUCGGACAUUUCAAAGCUUCGUAUUGAAAAGACGGACAUUACCCAAAUCUCCAGCGAGGCCUUUAUCUCCCUCCGAAAACUCGAAUUCCUCUGGAUGUCCUUUAACUCUCUUUCUGUUCUCCAAGUGGACAGUUUCCGUGGCUUGAGCAUGCUGAAUGAGCUUCGGCUCGAAGCGAACUUCAUCACCUCCUUCCCAUGGGAGAGUUUAACUGAUAUGCAGAACCUCAGACUCCUGGAUUUGCAUGACAAUAAGAUCAGCAUCAUCCCGGCCGAAGCAGCUAUCUACAUUAAAAACCUGACGUACCUGGAUCUUUCCAGUAACAGCCUCACGACUGUGCCAUCUGAAGUUCUGCUAAUGUGGCUCUCUGCCAAACCGCAGCAGGAUGCUGAGAACUCGAAGAUGAUUUUGGGUCUUCAUGAUAACCCGUGGCAGUGUGACUGUCGCUUGUUCGACCUGAUUCAGUUCCAGAAGUCUCCGUCAUCAGCGUUAGCUUUCAUCGACACUCACCUACGCUGUUCAGAGCCUGAGAGCAUUUCCGGAGUACUCUUCUGGGAUGUGGAGAUUCGAAGGUGCCAGGUUCCACGAGUUCACACCGCCGUAGCUAAAGUUCACAGUGUGGUAGGCAACAACGUCCUGCUCCGCUGUGGUACUGUUGGAGUGCCCAUGCCUGAGCUCAUCUGGACCCGGGCUGAUGGGAAAGACAUCAAUGGCACAGUCCAUGAAGAACUUUCAGCCGAAGGCAUCACCUGGUCCAUUCUCAGCAUCCUCACCAUGUCCUCUCAUGACUCGGCCAAAUACAUCUGCAGAGCCACAAAUUUUGUGGGCAGCACCAACGCCGUCAUCUCUCUUGUUGUUUCAGAAACAAGACAGAUAAGUGAGGUGAAGAAAAGUGGCAUCAAGAAGAACGGAAGCUUUAGACGAGCAGGAUAUCAAGAGAAACCCACCGCAAGAUACAUUCCUACGACCUCUGCACAUACUGAAGCAUUUAAUGGCUCCAAAUCCACAAGGCCAUCCAAGAUCGAGAGCUCUAGCAUCUCUAAUGGAGUAAUGGACGGCAAAUCCACAGAGAACACUUUAGAGAUCGAUGUGGAAAAAAAUGUGUUGAGCAACUUGGCAGCCAACGCUUCGUUCCUCCAGCAAGGCCCGGAGAAAAGAGUGGUACGUUCCGUCAAAAUAAUCGGCGACACCGAUCACACAGUGUCAAUCAACUGGCGAGCUCCUUCUGCAACCAACACCACGUGGUUUAGUGUUCUUUAUGCCGUAUUCGGUGAAAGAGAUAUGAAACGCAUCAAUGUCGGUCCCGGGAAGCAUCGCAUCACCAUCGAGGGGCUUGUUCCCAAAACCAAGUAUAUCGCCUGUGUAUGUGUGAAGGGUCUAAUCCCAAAGAAGGAGCAGUGUGUGAUCUUCUCAACCGAUGAAGCAGCCAGUGCAAGUGGCACUCAGAAGCUCAUCAACGUGGUGGUAAUCACGGUAGCGUGUGUCAUUGCUGUGCCUCUCACCCUCAUCGUUUGCUGCGGGGCUCUGAAAAGACGACUCCAGAAGCUCAUGGGAAGAAGAAAGAAGGACAUUCAAGACUCGUAUGUAACCUUUGAGACUAUCACACCAGGUAACAAGGCUAAAGGGAUGGAAGGGGAGUUCCUCGCUCACACCAACAAAGACGAGUCCAACCGUCUGCUCUCGGCUCGCUCCAGCGUCGACUCCGAGGCCGUGAACAAAACCGAAAGUCAUCCGAAUGAGUAUUACUGCUGAAAUCAAUAUCGAUCAUCUCUGCACUGACUGAUCUGCAGGAUCUGAUUUGUCUGAAGAUCUGGAAUCUGGAGCCCAGGAAUAUCGGGGAUACAUAAUAUUUGGUUUCUAGAGAUUGUAUUAAGAUGCUGAUUGUGAAUAUGGCGUAAAGAAAAGCAUCUUCAUGGCCUCUCAGGCAUAUUCUAAGUGAUGUGGGUAUAAACACACAGGACAUACCAAAAGUAUGUGCACCCCUGACCAUUAUAUAUAGUACAUCCAGAGAGAUUUCCAAUUAAAAGGUAAAAGGUUUUGCUCAACGGCCCAGCAGUAGCAUUGCAGCUCAGUGGUGGUGGGAUUUUAACUUACAACCAUCUCAUUAAAAGUCAAACAUCUGAGCUACCACUUCCCCAUCACACUUAUAUAAGGUUCUUAUUCAAACAGUUACCACCAAGUUGUACACCACUUAAUUACAAUUUCCUGUUCCAAACUCCAUGAAGACAUGGUAAUUAAUAUUCAGGGUGGACUGGAAAAGCAUGCAGUUCCUGCACAGGGUCCUGGAUUCUACAGGCGCUAGAAUGUGAGGAACUGAUUAAAGCCCCAUGUGUCACGUGAUCCCCGUACGGACCUCGUCUUUCUCUUGACUAUGUUUUGUGCACAAUUCUAGAAACGUAGGUUUUCUCUUGUGUUUUGUACAGUAUUCAUUGUAUUUCUCUCACUCUGCUCUAAUAAUAAACUAAAAUCGAGAUGUUCUGUGUAAAUAAAUAUGUUCUCUAAUAAUCUCUUCCAUCUAAUGUCUGAAAACGUAUGUACAAAUAAACGUUUUUCAUA